AUGGCAGAACUACCUGGUCAAGCAGCAGCGAUCUUUGGAAAAUUGGCAGGCCCUUACAAUCCUGAGUCAAAACCGCAUCCCAGCACUACGCCGCUGGCCCGUUUCCGCGAGGAUCUGCCCCCUCUGUCUGCAACUCCGGCGACCCCUUCGGCGCUUUCCGUGUACCAGGCGCGCUGCGAGAUCGCCAGCGAGGAUCUAUUUAGUCCCGUUAGACUGGGUAUAACCAAAUCCGGCUCCUUCCUCGCGUACUUGGGCUCCGGCGGCUGGAAAAACCGCGACCCCGCCUUGGCCAUCUUCAAGCGCGACGACCCUCCUAGUCCCUACUCCUCGUUUCCCCGGAGCAUUUGCCCUGACGUUGGCUUGUCGAGUGUCGCUUACCAGAUAGCCAUGCACGACGCGCGCAAACUCGUCUUCGUCGGAGAUGACUGCCGCAUUAAGUCGUACAACAUGGCGGAAGACGGACUCCCGACGCACACAUUCGAUUCUAAUACCUUCAGCGGGGCGAUGUCCUGGCUUGCAGAGGAUAGGCUCAUCCGUGCAGGCAGAGGACAGGUGGCCAUAUGGGACGUCGCGAAUCCCGAGCUCCCAACGCAUGGCAAGGACGGGCGCAGGCGCAUCGGGAAGAAGAUCGACACGUCCGACUCCUGGCGGGAAAACGACGGCGACGAAAUCGAACUUUCCCGAGGGGCCCCACCUCACGAGACUGUGAAACUGGCAGACCCCACCCUGAAUGAUAUUAAGGCUGUCGUAUUUGAGCCGCAUCCUGUGCGCUCGGGCACGGUGCUCGCCGGAUUCGCGGCGCGCGAGGGGCGCACGGCCAGGUAUAGCUGUGUGGCAUUGGACGUCGAGCACGGUGGCCAGACGGCCUCGCGAUACCUUGGUCAUGGAGGAGACGUCACCGACUUUUCGACGAGCGCGGCGGAUCCAAAUGCGUUCAUCACGUCGUGCAGCGAUGGCUUCGUGCGCUUAUUCGAUGCGCGUCACCCGCUUCCUGUGUUGACGCUGGACAACGGUGAACUACACGAGAUGUGCCCUGCAGCACUGCUUGUCCACCCUGAUGGUAUCCCCACUGUGAUCAGUGGUUGUUCGCGCGGCGAGGCUAUCAAGGUUUGGGAUGUGCGUGCGCGGACACUCGUGUACGAGCUUUCAACGGGCAACAACGCCGUCGUCGACCUCGCCUGGGAUGCACAAUGCUCGACUCUGUACGCGGCGACCGAAUGUGAGAACAUGGAUCGGCUGGGAUACACCCAUGACUACCGGCCCGCAAAGGCUCCGAAGCCACCGCGGGAGCCAAGGAGCCGGAGCCAUGAUGACGAAGACGAAGACGAAGAUGAAGACGAGGACGAGGACUUUUCUGAUGAUUACGAUGAACGUUACUGGCCUGCAAAUGCGCAACAUUCAGAGAGUUUCUUCGGCUACAUGCUCGACUCCGGAACCCACCGUCUCUACCGCUACGCGUUCAAGGAGAAUGCAGACCCUAAGGUUCUCCCAGAAUAUGGUGAUGCACGGCCAGAUCAAGAUCAAGACAUGUGGUGA